AUGGAAAACCUCGCGGAGAAUGAUAUGCUCGUCGACGACUACGAUCAGUACCCCAGUGAAAAGACCGAUGUCGUCGUCGUCUCUCGCUCUGGCUCCGAUGAGCCCGAGCCUGCGCCAUCCGCUGCUGACCACCGAGGCCAGAACAAAGAGCAGGGAAUUGAUGGGAAGGCCAUGGAUGCGAUCGAUGUAUCCCGACGGAUUCCUGCAGAGAACGACUGUGGGGGACAACAAGUAUUCGGGACUCGACAUCUUGAUCAGGAUCAGAGGCUGACCAAGGCAACCAAAUGCAUCUUAGACGCGGCGAUGAUGGCGCGAGUUCUGCCCAAAAACACCGAUUUGGAAACCGAAGACGAAACUUACCACACAUGGCACAUCGAAGGAUGGCGGAAGAUGGACAAAAAGUCCCAUGGUCCGGUCUUCAAGUGCGGCGGCUUCCCAUGGCGUAUCCUCUUCUUUCCCUAUGGCAACCACUCUGAGCACGCGUCAUUCUACCUGGAACAUGCUUGGGAGGGCGAACCACCGGAGAACUGGUAUGCCUGUGUGCAAUUUGCUUUGGUCUUGUCCAAUGUGAAAGAUCCAUCGAUUUAUGUCUCUCACGUUGCAACCCAUCGUUUCACUGCCGACGAAGGUGACUGGGGAUUUACCCGUUUUUAUGAUAUCCGCAGCCUGUUCAACGAUGCGUGGGAAGGUAAAAAUGUGCCUUUGGUCCAGGACGAGGAGGCGAAUGUCACGGCCUAUGUUCGUGUAGUCAAGGACCCUACUGGCGUUCUGUGGCACACUUUCCAAAACUAUGAUUCCAAGAAGGAGACCGGUAUGGUGGGUCUUCGCAACCAAGGCGCCACCUGCUACCUUAACUCUCUUUUGCAGUCUCUAUAUUUCACCAAUGCCUUCCGCAAAGCUGUAUAUCAAAUCCCCACUGAGGAGGAGGCUUCACGUGAUAAUAGUGCUUGGACUCUUCAGCGCCUGUUUUAUAACCUGCAAACAAACGACGCCGCUGUUUCCACCACCGAGCUGACCUACUCCUUUGGCUGGGACUCAAGACAGGCCUUUGAGCAACAAGAUGUUCAGGAACUGUCCCGUAAGCUGAUGGAACGAUUGGAAGAGAAGAUGAAAGGCACCGUUGCCGAGAAAGAUCUGCCCAACCUAUUUGUGGGCAAGACCAAAACCUAUAUUUCUUGCAUUAACGUCGACUACGAGUCCUCCCGCGUGGAGGAAUUCUGGGAUAUCCAGCUGAAUGUCCGGGGAAAUAAGACCUUGGAUGAUAGUUUCCGCGACUAUAUUCAGGUUGAGACUCUGGAGGGCGAGAACAAGUAUGAUGCUGGUCCUCCGUACGGUCUUCAAGAUGCCAAGAAGGGGGUUAUCUUUGAAAGUUUCCCGCCCGUGCUUCACCUUCACCUCAAGCGCUUUGAAUAUGACCUGAACCUCCUGACCAUGAUGAAAGUCAACGAUCGCCAUGUAUUCCCGAUGGAAUUUGACGCAGCUCCUUAUCUCUCUGAAAAUGCGGACAAGUCCGAGCCCUGGAUCUAUGAGUUGCACGGUGUUCUUGUUCACAGCGGUGGCCUGGAUGCCGGUCAUUACUAUGCUUUCCUGAAACCUACAAAGGAUGGCCACUGGUACCGAUUCGAUGAUGACCGAGUCAACCGCGCCACCGAGAAGGAGGUUUUGGAGGAGAACUAUGGAGGCGAGUAUGAACUUGCAAAUGGAGCCGCCGGUGUUCGUCAACCAUAUACACGAACACUUUCAACGAAGCGAUCCAUGAAUGCCUACAUGUUGGUUUAUGUUCGGAAGACGCGGAGCGACGAUGUUCUCCUCCCAAUCGGCUCGGACGACGUGCCCUCUCACAUCGAACAGCGCCUUGUCGAGGACCGUGCAGAAAUGUUGCGUCGCAAGAAGGAGAGAGAAGAGGCUCAUCUCUAUAUGAACAUUGGCGUCCUCACCGAGCAAACAUUCCAGCAACACCAUGGCUUUGAUCUGACCAGCACCGACCUUCCUGCAGAGGAUCCUGCUUUGCCCGCACAAUAUCGGGUUCUUCGCACGAAAAAGGUCAGUGAAUUCGCGAAAGAGGUUGCUGAUGAGCGUAAUCUCAAUGCGAACUCAAUCCGCUUUUGGGUCAUGGUCAGUCGUCAGAACAAGACCACUCGUCCCGACCAGGUCAUCAGAGAUCCAGAGAUGACCGUUGAAGAGGCCUGUACCAAGUACGGCACCAGAGGUAACCUCUUCCGUCUUUGGAUGGAGGUCGCUCCAGUUGGUCCCGACGGUCAACCCACAGACUGGUCUGACAAUGAAUCCGUCCUCAUUUUCUUGAAGAAUUUCGAUGUGGUCGCUCAAACAUUGUCAGGUGUUGGUUCAGUUUACGUUCGGAAGAAUCAGAAAGUGGCCGAUCUUGCACCAACAAUUCUUUCAAUGAUGAAGUGGCCCGCAGGUACCGAAUUUACUCUCUACGAAGAAAUCAAGCACAACAUGAUCGAUGUGAUGAAACCCAAGCAAACUUUCCAGCAAUCUGAGAUCCAAGACGGUGAUAUCAUCACUUUCCAACGAUCCGUGAAGGAUUCGGAGCUUCCACCGACGGCACUUUAUACCGAUGCCAGACAAUUCUAUGAUCACCUGUUGAACCGCAUGGAUAUUACCUUUGCUCCCAUUAAGGUUGGCGAAGGCGAUGAGUUUACUCUCCCCCUCAACCGAAAGAUGACCUAUGAUCAAUUCUCCAAAAAGGUUGGGGAGCACCUGAAUGUGGAGCCCACUCACCUUCGAUUUGCUCCUGUCAUGGCCAGUAACGGCAAGGCCAAGGUCCCCCUGAAGCGGUCGACCACGUCAACUCUGGCUCAAAUCCUCAAUGGCCAAUAUGGUGCUUACGGCUAUACUAUGCACCGGCCGGAUGCCCUCUACUAUGAGGUUUUGGAUAUGAGUUUGAGCGACUAUGAGAGCAAGAAGUGCUUCAAGGUGACAUUGCUUCCCGAGGGAAUCACAAAGGAGGAAGUCAUAGAGGUCCUAGUGGCUCGGAACGGAACCGUGGCCGAGCUUCUUUCCGCACUGCAAAAGAAGACUAAUCUCGAUGACAAGGCAAUUAAAGAAGUGAAGAUCUUUGAGGCACACAGCGGAAAGAUCUAUAAAGAGCUUCUGGAUGACGCCAAUAUUUCGACCGUGAACGAAUACUCGACGCUGUAUGCUGAGCGUAUCCCGGCCGAGGAGGUGAACUUGGAGGGUGAAGAUCGCUUAAUCAGUGCCUUCAACUUUGAUCGCGAACCCAACCGGACCCAUGGAGUCCCGUUCAAGUUCGUCGUAAAGCCAGGUGAAAUUUUCAAGGAGACCAAGGAGCGACUCUCCAAGAGGACCAGCAUCAAGGGGAAACCAUUUGAGAAGAUCAAAUUUGCCGUUGUCCCUCGUGCCUCCUUCUCGACCCCUAAGUAUCUUGAGGAUGAUGACAUUCUCUCUGAUGAAAUUGGCCCCGAUGACUACCUCGGCCUUGACCACGCAAGCAAAAGCAGAGGAUUUUGGGGCAAGAGCGAGAGCUUUUUCAUUCGAUAA